GGGGGGGAGGAUUUUAAUGCAAUUUCGUUUGCAUACCUUUAUAAGAAAAUUUUCUGUUUCUUGUAGUUUCAUUGCCCCAAAAGGUUGCUUCCAGUCGCACUGGGUUUUCACUUUCAUGUUUGAUCAUAAUCGGAUUAGGAAUCUAACAAUCAAGACACUAUAAAUGCAUUUGUGCUGUGCGAAUUCUAACCUCUAUAGUUGGUUGGCAGGCAUCCAUCUGUCCCGCAGUAAUGGUUUAAAGUUAUCUACUUAUAAUGACAGUUUGACAGGAUUCCUAGAUAGCCUUGUAAAUGUAUUAUGGACACCGAAAAAGACCAAUAAAACAUUAAUGUACGGUAACGACAGUUCGAUUGACUUUGGCUUUACCUAGGUUAAUGGAUAUGCCCUUGAAUGAGCGCAAUGCUCGCUUAGCAACAAGGCCCAUGGGUGCUCAAAGCUUUCAGAAGUGGGCCACAUGCCAUGCAGGUUGGGAACCACUGCCCUUUUGUAUAUGCAAUUGUUAAAGAUUAUAAAAUUGUACAGAAGUUGAUAAUAUUUUGGUCAGAUAUUUUCUAUGUCUAGUCUACCCUAAUUUGGGAAAUUUUUGAUUUUUUUUCUUUGAACAGUACACAGAGAGAAUAGUUUCAAACUUUUAAUGGCAUUGUGCUAUCAGUGCGAAGCGUAUGGACUGUUUUAUUUAUGAGUUCAUUAUUUUGGAAUUACUGUCGAAUACAGUGGUGUUUAAUUCAUGGUAAUACAUCAGAGCACAUGUCUUGAGAUGUUACAAACUGACUGCAACAUUCAUGGAGCCUUGUUGGAUUAUCUCAAAACAUGUUGGAUUCGAUCAUGUUGCAGAAAAAUGGAACUACGUCUGUAUAUCUGCCCUGGAUUCACUUCGGUUUUCUUGUAUGUCAUGGUGGACUGGAAUCCUGAGAUUGACAUAAUAAUGUUGAUUUGGAGAAGAAUAAUUUCAUUAGAAAAUAUAUACCUUUGCUGUAUUUUACAUUCACGACGACACAAUAAUAUUAGUCAUAUAUAUAAACCAAUUACCACAUGUUCUACCAGCACCCAUCUACUAACUCUGUUUUUAUUACUUUUCCAUCAUGGCUCUGACAGGAAUUAUUUCCCUUGGGAUCCCGAUGGAUUGUCUGUAUCAAUAUUAGUUUUGCGACAUACUGUAGUGCAUUACCUUUCCCCUCCCACAGUGCCUUUUGUAGGUCAUUUUCUCUACAAAGGCCAAUCCCAAUCAAUAAGUUCCAGGAAUAAAAAUGCCCACCUCUCCUUAGAAUGUCAUUAUCAAUUCUCAAAAGACAACAGUUUGCUAUCUGUGAUGGGUGGAAUAUUGUGGAAAAAUGACUCAAUAAAUCCCAAUCCCUACAAGCAAAUACAUAAUUGUACUUGUUCGAGAAAAAGUAAUGCCAACUUGCUGAAAACAUUACCUUAUAAGUGGUUGCACUCUUCAUCCAAUACUCAAUAUUUGACGCAAGAAAGAUGUAGUCCGAUCUUUUUCUCAUUAAGCAAGAUAUACCCAUUUAUGUUUUUAAUAUUAUUUGCGUCAUCACCAAUGUUCCAUAUUGCUAAUGGUGAACCGUCAAAUUCCAAGCACAAUAUUUAUAUACCGAAGUCAUAUUUUGAAGAAUUACCAUCUGGUUCACAUCCUCUAACUCAUUUCUGCGAUCAGUAUCCUAUAUCUCGUUAUCUGGAUUAUGAACAAUUGCAGCAGUGUAAAGAAGGAGGUUGCAAUCCAGAUCGAGGAAAUAACUGCUGUAAUCACAUGACUGUUGUUUUACAAAAUGAUGAAAAAGCAUCUGCUGAUGUUUCUAGGUUUCUAUCGACACUUUCAAAGUAUGCAACUUCGGAAAGUUAUUCUGUACAAUGGAGUAUAGAUCAAUGCAAGAGAUCUUACAAAAAUUGGAUAUGCUCGCAUCAUCAUGAUAUUUUUGGAGACAACGGACAGGGAUCAAGAGUAAAAAUAAACGUUUGUAAAUCAGUUUGCACAACGGUUGCAACUUCAUGUCCAUUUUUUCGUGUUCACAACAAAACCAAACUUUAUGGUGGUCAACCAACUUUUCUAUGUGAAGGAUUUCAAGAAGAACACUACAUAAACUACACUGGUUGUUAUAACAUGAGUGAAUUCACACCAAGGGCGAAUAACGAACUUAGCAACCAGAGUGUCUCACGAACCCAACUAACUUUUUCACAAGACACAACCAUGAUCAAUGCAUCUGAUUCAAGUUUCGUCUAUAAUAAAAGCGCUUUGUAUACUGCGACCGAAAUGGACUCGUCUACAACAUCCUCUGCGCCGCGCAAGUUAGGGUGUCAAAUGUGGUUAAUACUUUUAAUAACAAUAUCAUGCAGUUUAUGUGUUUGUCGUUUGGUACAGAUAGAAGGUGCGCAUUAGUGAUUGUAUUUAAUUCUAGAGAAUUUUUCAUCCUUGUUCAUUUAUACUUUUGUACCUACUGUCGCAUCGUCACAGUGCCUUACGUGUUGUAACUUGAAUAAAUCUAAAUCAUUCAAAGCUAUGAUAA